AGUGCAGUUUAUCGUGGGCGUUACUUUUUUAAAAAAAUUGUUUUGAGUGACGAAGCGACAGUAUGAUGUUCAUACCCAGCGUCCACCAGAAGAGACUUUAACUUGUUUAACGCAGUUAACCGUCACAUGGGUGGCAGCUAGUGUGUUUUGUUACAAAAUGUGUUGAGCUGUGAGAGAGAGUGUGUGAGCGGUGAGCAUUGGGAACAGACAGAUUUUUUUUAGGUUUCUUUCAUUUCUCUCUUUGACUUAAGUUUUGCCUCAACAACAUUACUAGAAAUGGACAGCACGGAAUAUGAAUUAGUGAGGAAUAUGACAUUGCUGUUUUUCUUUGAACGACUGAUGGACAAGGGUGGCCCGCGUACGUUGCACGACCUAAGCUGUCAGUUUGGUGCAAAAGGAUUCACCAAGGAAAUGAGACAAAUUGCAGGAGGCUCACAGUCUGGAUUAAAAAAGUUUCUCUCCCAGUAUCCAGCGCUUUUUUGUUUUGAUGGUGACUAUGUUUACGUAAAUGGUUACAGUCCCCUCAGUGUGGAACAAGAAAGUGGAAACAAUGCAGUGAAAUACAGUAGUGGGAAACGAGAUUAUGCUCAAGAAGCUGUCGAAUAUUUUAGCCACAAGUUAAUGCAAUAUGGUGCCGGUAUUGAUGUACCCAUUAAAAGUUUGUUGGGUCACCGUUCCCAAGCUUCACCGGAGGUGAGACACAUCUCAGGCCAAAACAUAAGAGAGUUUAAAGAAUUUUUGUUAAGAUAUCCAGAUGCUUUUGUUGUGAAGGAAGAUACGGUUAUAUUGAAAGAAUAUGAGGGAAAGGAACCACAGCCUUUCCGUGAAUUUCAAUUGAUGAGAGUGGAUCAAGAAGUAACAUCUGGCUUGCUUGAAUUUUUCACGAAGUGCAUAGACUCCAGAGGUCCAAUGUUGGUGGAUCAACUUUUUAGUAAAGCAACUGUAAGAUUUCCUCCUGAACAUCUUUCAUAUAUUUUCAAAACGCCACAAGACCUUCAGACCUUCUUAAAAAUGCAUUCUGAUGUGUUUAAUGUGCAGUCUAAUCUUGUAACAUUAGUGUUGCCUAAGAACUGUGUUAGUCAAAGUGAUUCACUUCAAACAAGUCCAACACACCAACAACAGAUCAGAAGCAAUAGUGCAGUCAACAAUGGUCAGUGUGCCAAGCCUCUUACUCAAGCGAACAAUUCAGCAGUUUGUCAGUCUCUACAAAAUCCCCAAUAUCAGUCCCUAAAGCAGCGUAUUAAUUCUUUAGUGAUGAAGACAUUAGCAGAUAAUACAGAGAAGGAUCGCUCAUAUGCAGCAACUUCUUUAGUGAAUGACAGUGGAAGUGCUGAAGUCUGGAAGGCAAAAAUAAUGCAGGCAACUAGAGUCGUCGUGAAUGUGAAAGAAUCUCUUCAGAUUGUUGAAGAUAUUUUGUCGGCCGCAAAAUCGGGAAAACCUGUUGCAGUGUCAUUUGACUGUGAGGGAAUAAAUUUAGGUGUUAAAGGGCAGCUGACAUUAUUUCAAAUUGGAACAUUAUCAGGCCAAGCAUAUUUGUUUGAUUUAAUUACUUGCCCCUCUUUGGUGUCAAAUGGUGGCUUGCAGAGACUGUUGGAAUCUGAGAUUGUUACUAAGGUUGUUCACGAUUGCCGAAACGACAGUGUCAAUCUUUUCAACCAGUUUGGUAUCACUUUGAAAAAUGUUUUUGACACACAGGCCGCACAUGCAGUGUUGCAGCUCCAAGAAUUGGGAAAACCAGUUUACAAGGUGCAGAAUGUUAGUCUGAAUGCUCUAUGCGAGAAGUACGAUGCUCCAUCCAACCCUCUGAAGGAGCAGCUGAAGAAUGUAUACCGGCGAGAUCAGCGCUACUGGGCACGGAGGCCACUCUCACGUGAUAUGUUGCUGUAUGCUGCUGCAGAUGUGCUCUCUCUUGUGCCUACGAUCUACCAGGCAAUGUCCAAGCUAAUUAAACCAGAGUUUCAAAGCUUAUUGACAGAACUUUGUGAGGAGCAGGUGUUUCUGCACAUCUGUCCAUCCGACGUUAAGCACCGUAAGAAGCAAAGGAAAGUUGAAACCGAAGUUGCUGAACUGAGGCUGAAGUUAUCAACACUUCAGAGUAAAAAUAUAGUUCUUAGCAACCGAGAAAUUAGGUUGUUGAGGUAUCUAGAUCUCUCAGAGGAGGAGAAAGAAAAACUGAAAGGUUCUUACAAAGUAGCCCGUAAAUUGGAGAAGCUGGAAAGUGCUGGUCAAGAUAAGGAUAUUAAAAGUGACGAGGAAGAUGACGAUGAUGAUGAAAAUGGUGAGGAUGGCUGUGCCAGUGGUAAAACUUCUCCAUCAUCAGCAGACAUCACUUCACCAAGAACACCAAAUUCUGGACCCCCGAGCCUAACAGAAUCGAUGCAGCUGAUGGAUGAAAUUCUAUCAGAUGGGCGCAUGGACAGGCUGGAGAAAAUUGAGAAAUUGGAGUCUAUUUUGUCUGCUGCUACCUCUGCUGCAGUUGUGUCAAGGAGCCAGCAGACUUCAGCAAACUCAAACACUCAGACCAGUAGUAGUGAUGAACAAGGACCUUGCAAUUGUCAGUGCCAUGCCCAGAAACUUUUAAAUAAGAAACCCAUAAAAGAAAUUGACUGUAUCAAAAGUACUGAUGUGGCAUGCCAGACACUUUCAACUGGUGAUAUUGUCAUAACUCGGAUAUUCUUUACAGAGGAAGAGAAGGAACGAGAAAGAACUAUUACAUCAUCUCCCAAAAGGGAGAUAUCUCACAAUUAAGUAUUAUCUCUGUUCUAGCUUUUUCAUCCAUUUGUGUGCUAAUGUAAUUAUUACAGAGGCUGGCACAGACUAUGAGAAGUAUUUCAGAAUCAAAAAUGUGUUUUGGUCUCGUGGGCUUGCUGGUAAUUAGUUAGCAGUGAAUAUGAGUACGUGUAUGUGUUCAAAAACCUGUAAAUAUGCAAACAUAUGUACAGGUAUUCAAAUUUGUUGUACGUAUCUGUUCGCAAGUCUCAUUGUGUAUUCCACAAACCACUCAUUGCAUUCAAGGCGAUCCUUUGUGAAAUAGAUUCCUAAACUCACCAUACCAACCCAUAUCUAUUCUAUUCUAUUCUAUUCUCUCUCUCUCUCUCUCUCUCUCUCUCUCUCUCUCUCUCUCUCUCUCUCUCUGUGUGUGUGUCUGUGUGUCUGUCUGUCUGUCUGUGUCAUUGGUUGGUUGGUAAGGCUUAUGAUAUCCCUUCAGACUAUCUUGUUAGAUGAUAAUACUUUCUCUUUGUUGUGGGCAUUCUAUAUAAAUGCAAAAAUUAUAUUUGUAAGUCAUUAAGGAUGUCAUGAAGAUAGUAGAGAUGGUAUGUCUCACACUGUAUUAAACUGUAGGGAUGAAUCAUCUAGUACCGUAAAUGUGUUCUUCCAGAUAUAAUACUCCAUGUUACUUGUCAAAUAAUGCAGUUAGUAGAUUAUUGUUUGUAAUGUCUUAUACUAAAAUGUAGUCAUCACAUAAUACCAAGCACAAUAAAAACAUAAAAGGAUUUCACGUGGAGGCAGAAUACUGAUGCUGGAAAUUUGUAAAUGUACUUUUCUUUCAUAAAAUGGUAGGGGUGGUGCUAAAACACUGUUGUUUAAAGUGUUAGGGAUAAGGAAGACAUUUGUGUAACUUGUGGAGGAAGCUUGUGAGACUUUAUCACAACAUAGAAGAAAGUGUGUGAAGAAUGUGAAGAAUUUCAUGUGGAGUAUUGGUUACAAAACAUGUGGUGUACAAAGGUACCAGGCAAACUAAAUAUUUUCUUAAAUUCAGUUUACCAUUAUACUCUUAAAAGACAAGACUGACUUUAAAAAUGUUUAUUAUAGUCCGUAUGGAAUUGUGUGUAAACUCUACAGCUUGAAUUCAAACUAGUGACAGCCCUGUUUUACUUUGUAUCAUUCCUCUCUGCUACCUGUAUUUUAUUGGAGCAACAUUGGUCCGUUGUCUAUUUAGCCAGUUUUUUGCUUGUGAUGUAAUUUUCUGUGAGAAACAGGCAUCUUAGGCGUAUAUUAGUAGUUCAUUGUUGUAAUUGACAAAGCUCAUUUUUGCAACCAAAGAAAACUAUAGCAAAAACAAUGGCAUACUCUAGUUUGAAACCUUUCAACACACUCCAUAUUUGCAGGAAAAAAUCCAUUGAGAAUCUAGUUCCAUUGUUGCUGCUGUAAAUAAUCCUAAAAUAUUACCUAUUUGAAGGUUUUGUAAUAUCAGGAAAUCGGUUUCAUAUUACAAUAGGUUAUGAACAGUUUUAUAUUUA